GUCACGCCGCGCGGCGGAGCACCACAGGGGAGGCAGGCGGGCGUGCGCCGUGUGCGGCAGUCGACCGGGCGGUGGAGCGGCGAGCGGCGUCGCCAGGAGGAGACGAACACGGUUAUCGAUUGUCCUGGUUGCAGCUACUAGAGGGGUCUCCGGUCGACGCGAGCGAGCGAGCGAGAGCAGAGCCGAGCCGCAGCCAGCCAGCCAGCGAGUGCGAGUGGAGUGAACUCGACACCACCUGGGCGGACGGCUCUACCACCGAAAGGAAAGGUUUUUGCAGCUGAAAUCCAGGCAGGUCGUCUGUCUCGUCAUUCGGCCCAGUCGGCGCCAGUGUGUCCGUCAGAAUGGCCGCGCCAGGCGCCUGCACCCGCUUCAGUGACAACUACGAGUUGAAGGAGGAGCUCGGCAAGGGUGCAUUCUCUGUAGUAAGAAGAUGUGUUCAGAAGUCGACUGGUCUGGAGUUUGCGGCGAAAAUCAUAAACACCAAGAAACUCUCGGCGAGAGACUUCCAAAAACUAGAACGUGAGGCCCGAAUUUGUAGGAAGCUGCAACAUCCAAAUAUAGUUCGUCUUCAUGACAGUAUACAAGAAGAGAAUUUCCAUUACUUAGUAUUUGAUUUAGUAACUGGGGGAGAGUUGUUUGAGGAUAUUGUCGCACGCGAAUUCUACAGUGAGGCGGAUGCCUCGCACUGCAUCCAACAGAUCCUCGAGUCGGUCAACCACUGCCACCAGAAUGGCGUCGUCCACCGCGAUCUCAAGCCCGAGAACCUGCUUUUGGCCAGCAAAGCCAAGGGCGCCGCUGUCAAACUGGCUGACUUUGGACUGGCCAUUGAGGUCUCCGGGGACCAGCAGGCCUGGUUUGGUUUCGCCGGUACACCGGGCUACCUUUCACCGGAAGUCUUGAAGAAGGAGCCGUAUGGGAAACCUGUUGAUAUCUGGGCAUGUGGUGUGAUUUUAUACAUCCUGCUGGUGGGCUACCCUCCCUUCUGGGACGAAGACCAACAUAGGCUGUACGCUCAAAUCAAAGCUGGUGCCUACGACUACCCUUCGCCUGAAUGGGACACGGUGACGCCUGAAGCCAAGAACCUCAUCAACCAAAUGCUGACUGUCAAUCCCGCAAAGAGGAUCACCGCCUCCGAGGCCCUCAAGCACCCCUGGAUCUGCCAACGCGAGCGUGUGGCGUCUGUCGUUCACAGACAAGAGACCGUGGACUGUUUGAAGAAAUUCAACGCCAGGCGUAAGCUCAAGGGCGCUAUUCUGACCACCAUGCUGGCCACCCGGAACUUCUCCAGUAAGUAUGAUGUGCAAGGUCGAAGCAUCAUCACCAAGAAGGGUGACGGCUCGCAGGUGAAGGAGUCGACGGACUCGAGCACCACCAUCGAAGAUGAUGACGUGAAAGAGGCUGACAAGAGAGUUGAUCGCAGUUCUACAGUCAUCGCAAAAGACCCAGAAGCUUUGUCGUCGUCGCCACCCCCACAGCCCCCAGCCGCCCCCGCUAAACCCGAACCGCCCGUAAAGACUGCCUCGAUAAACAAGGUGCUGGCCGGUUUCGGCGCCGGCGGCGCCAAAAGCAGCGGCGGAGGCCUCAGCAGCCUGAUCCUGCAGGCGGCGCAGGAAAACAAGGGCACUACUGCCAGUGCGGAAAGUGCCGCCCCCGCCGCCGCCCCCACUUCGGAAGCAGCCGCAAGUGUUACGCAACAAGAAGACUCACUGUCAGACCUGCCCCGUUAUCGCACUACCGACUCGGAGUUGUUCUCGGACGACAUGGACGACAUAAGGAUACUCUGCCCCACCAAGAUAUGCUCCCAGAUUUCGAAUACCUCUCUGAGCUCAGCCCGGAAGCAGGAAAUUAUCAAAAUGACAGAGCAGCUCAUCGAGGCUAUUAACAGCUCAGACUUUGAUGCGUACACGAAAAUAUGUGAUCCCCACUUGACGGCUUUCGAGCCUGAGGCACUCGGCAACCUAGUCGAAGGGAUGGAUUUCCACAAAUUCUUUUUCGAGAACGGUAUUAAUUUGUUAAGUAAAAACUUUAAAGCGAUCAACACCACAAUCCUGAAUCCACACGUUCACUUAAUUGGAGACGAUGGUGCUUGCAUCGCCUACGUACGACUCACGCAGUUCGUCGACAGGCAAGGUCAAGCGCACACGCAGCAGUCGGAGGAGACACGCGUCUGGCACAAGAGGGAUGGCAAGUGGCAAAACGUUCAUUUCCACCGUUCAGGGUGCGGCUCGUCGCCGUUUGCGAUUCCCCACAAGUAGGGGGUAGCAGGUUAAGGGAUGCGCGCGGCAAUUUGGCAGCGGCUCCUUCCUACAAAAUACCGAUAAAUAUCUUAACCAGCUGGUUCGAUUUUCUCUUCCCCUCUUGUAAAUUUAGUGCCAUACAUUUAUACAUAUUAUGAUGACACUGAAAAGUCUUUCUAAAUGGUGAAAAGUAUUGUUAUUAAAAUGCAGCAGCUGUAACAACGGAAAUGAUGGAAAACACACGCAACACACACAUUGAUGGGUUGAUUGGUCGGCACACGAGAGAGUGAGGGACAAGUUGCGGAAACCAAAAGGACGAGCUGGGAUUAAUUCUGACAAAGAGCGCGGCACUUCUUGCGCGCCUUCCAGAUGUAUCGACAACCUUUUGAAAUUUGAUGAUGAUCUCCCUAAGACACAUGACAUGUUAUACACACACACGUUUAAUCCUGUUCAGUACCGAGAUAUGAAACCUAAAAAUACUGUUUCUUUCGAUGACUGUCCUACCAGCAUUAUUUUACUACGAUGGUUGCGAGAGAUAGAUUUUUCGAAACGCGCGGGCCACACAUACACAUAUUUAGUUUUAAAGCCAUAUCCGUAUUCCGCACCAAUUUUGCAUACAUAAAUAUUUCUCCCACUCACAUGUUUUGCACGACUUUUCUUUAUUUUGGCAAGGAGCAGGAGUAAUUUUCAGGGCAGAGCAAUUCGAAUUAAAAUCUGUUGUAUUGUUACGUGAAAGAGAAAUUUUAAAACACCAAGGCUAUGGAAAAUUUAAUGUGUCAAUGUGUUGGAUGUUCAUAAUUGAUAUAAAUAUGUGUGCUUACUAAAAGGGUCGUCCUGACUUGACGCUGUGUUCUCUUAUAUCAUGAACUCUACACGACCAUUACGUAGGUUUUGACAACUGGAGCUUUCGUGAUUAUAGAAAUAACUUCUUCGUGAAAAUAUGAAAAAAUAAACACAUUUUAGCGUUCCGAAAGAGCAAAGAAGACUCCGUUGAUGCCCUUUAGAGAGCGAGCACGAAAACGUGUCAAAACCGCGCACUUUUUAUCGAUUCGUCUAUUUGUCGACUAAAACUCUGCUUUUAAACGCAUCUCACAUAUAAUGCUGCCAACGCGCUUUGUCGAUGAUAAAAAAUCAGUAACUAUAUAUAUACUUCUUUCAGGGCGCGUGUGCUACACAUCUUGAUAAAUUUCCCGCCCUGUUAUACUUUAUUGUGAUCUAAUCAAGAGUCAUCCGCUUCUUUUGAUUGAAAAACAAUAGUUUUCGUUUAGCAGCACGCAAGCGUGAGAGUGAUUUUUAAAGCGCCCCCCGCGCGCUAUUGAGAAAAGUUUUGCGCAUCCCCCGAAGUAAAAAAAAUGGAUUACAUAAAAAUAAGCUAGUAAGUCAUUCAUGCCUUUGCCUGCCCUACGAUCUUAUAACGAGAUAUUACAUAUAUAAUAAUGCAUAAUUGACUAUUGGCAUAAAUGAAUGUACUUGGCCUAAAUGUAAACUAUAGUACAUAAUCUUGUAUAACUCUCUCGUUUUAAAAAGUUGAGCAGAAAAAAGAGAGGCCUCCUCAAGGAGGCUGUGAUGCAAACACGCAUGAAUUAAUUAAUUAUACACACACACUAUAUCAAAGCGACCAAACGGUCCCCAUUAAAAAAAAUACACAACUCGCGUCAAGUACACGGCCAUAUAAUGCGAUAACGAAGUGCAAAUCACUUAAAAAGCAGCUGGAAGAAAUAAGUAGUAGCUUCUCGGACUGAAAUCGGUGAAAAACAAAAAAUUAUUUGAUGAUGAAUUCAGGGAAUCGACGGGUUCAGGGCUGAAUCGUAUUCUAUUAAUUCUACACGCUAAUCAAAACGGUGGCCAUUUUUAAAUCUUGCGAAUCGGUUACUCUCAUCUGUAUAUGCAGGAAGGAGCACUUUUGUCUUGUAUUCAUUCAGCAUUGAUGAAACUAUAUAACUGUGUAUUCUAUAGACCUGCAACUCUUGCAAAAAACGCGCCUUAUUGAGUCCAAGAGGGGAUUUCGCAGACAGAGCACUAGAAAAUGGAAUUAGGGCAGGAAGGAUAUUUUCUUUCGUGUUUAGUUGCAGCUAAAACCCAAGAGAGCAGCUCCGUACUCAUUAAAUUCUUCGAUUUCGAGCGACACGGUAGACGAUAAAUUUAGAGACACGCGGAGAUGUGAUGGGAAUUUUAAAGAGAAAAUCGAAAGGCUUAUUUGAGUUGCGGCCAACGUGUAUAGAUGCAAACCCUGCAAAACUGCUAAAUCGAGCUACCUCUGUUGUAUAACCUGCUGCUCCCUGAAAACGUAUCGCGCCAAUGCUCUGCUUGAAUUGGUGAAUGGAGACGAUGCGAAAACUAGUCACAUUCAAACAAACACAUACACACACACCGCACGAGAACGAAUUCUGAUGUUAAAAAGGGGUAAGAGCGAGUCAAUCGCCAGGACUGUAGAGUUGUAUUGAAAUACAAACUUUUAGAAUUACAUGACCCAUACAAAGACGAGCCUCUCGCGAGUUCAAACGAACGAACUUUGGAAACCUUAACAAACACGCUCUCUUUCAGAAUCGAGUCAUUAAGUUUUGAAGCAAGUUUUGAUACAUUAGGUGUUUUUUGAGAAGAAUCCUUACGAUUAUAAUUACAUUAAAUAUUAUUAUGCAUUAAUAUAAUGUUAUAAUUGUGUAUGACACCGUAUAUAGUUACUUCUUAUAUUGUAUGUUGCAUGUGAGCUUUUUGAAAUUACUUAUUAUGGAAUAUCAAUUGUUGAUUCGUUAUUAAAAUUUUAUCUAAAUAUAUUUGUGCAUUGUAAGAAGAGUUGUGUGGAUUUUGAGGUGGACGGAGGCAAAGAUUAUAAUUUGAAUUCUCUCUCGACCGUUUGAUAAAUUGGAGCUUAUUGUCUAGCCCCGUCGGCCUCGACAAUGUUCAACACUUUCCGAGAGCGAAAUUGAUAAGAACCCUAAGUGUGCGUGAUGUAAAAAUCUGCAUUGUACGCGCGACAGUAAUAUUUUCCUGACCUUUGUACUGGCGUGCAAUUAUUACUACUCGUGUUGCUGUGAGUCGGGAUUUGCGUGCUAGGCUCCCAUCGCUGUAAACCAUGAAAAAACUCGUUUUUUCCUCAUUUUUAUCGUAGACCAGCAGAGACAAAGAAAACAUAAUAUAAAUAAUGCCUUCAGAGAGUCUGUUUACAAACGAGAUCCUCCCAACUUACAGAGAGAGUGAUUAGAAAAAUGCAGUAGUCAUUGGAGGAGGCGAGAAUUUAUAGUAUUGUUACUCUAGUUUGCCAACACAACAAGUAUUCAUUACGUGUUAUAUUUUUUUCGCGCGAGCGAAUUUGAACCAAAAGCGAGUAAGGGAAGGUUAGGUGCGUUUACCCUUGGCGAAAAAGGAGCUAAUUUGUAUUCUGAUUAUUGCUAUAUUCGAAUUCAGCAAAAUAUUAUGGGAUACGAUUUCCUCUUCGACGAAGCUAUGUCACAAAGUAGUUAAGAAACGUAUAAAUCGCUAACUAAGAUCAGUAUUGAGACGUGAAACUUUUUUACUGUACCAUACGUUUCUCUCUUUUGUUUUCUCGAUCCUUGUUAACUCAUAGGGGCAGCUUUGGAAUCGGUGCUAAAACUUGUUGUGUUGCUUUGUGAGCAGCACAUAAGAGCGCACUCGCCUGUUAUUAACAUUGUAAUCGCAGCAGUAUUUUCUCGAUUGAUUGUUGCCCGAUCGAAUACUUGAGAUUUUUUGAUUCGCUCGCUUUUAUAACGCACGUUCUCUCGACAACUUUGGAAUUCAUUGACUCGUUCAAAUUGUUAUAAACCAACCGCUCCACUCGAGCGUCGUUUAAGUAAAAGUGGCGGCGACGCAGUUACUAACCGGUGACUUUUGAAAAUCUAAAAUGAAGAAAAAAUACAGCGCGAGCAUAUAAUAUUACGAGAAAGAAUAUCGACUUACUACUGAGUGUAUCAUUUAUAUCGAUAAGAAAAACCAUUCAUUGUAAAAGAUAAUGAUGAGAAUUACUUCUUAUUGACAUUACAUUAUUAUAUUCCAUUUUGACAAUGCACUGAUAUAAUACUAAAUUAUUUCUAUAGUAUUCCAUGUAAUUAAAGCACUAUCAAGUUUGUUCUUAUUUACAAAAUAAAUUUAAAGGAAAAGAGGAUAACUAUAAAAACCAAGUCUCAAAUGACUGAGAUGGAUAUCAUCUCUAUUUCUCUCUAUCUCUUUCUGUAAAAAAGAAAAUAUUGAAAAGAACAAAAGUGUGGAAACAAUAUAAAAUAACUAAAAACUGCAGCUUGUAUUGACAAAAUAAAAUUGUCUGCAAAC